CUCUUUCUCUGUUCUUCCUUUCUCCCUCACUCAGCUCUCCCUCUUUCUCUCUGGGCCUCUGUCUUUCUGCCUGUCUCCCCCGCUGUCGACGCCUCUUCUGUCUGGUGAGCUGACCACUCACCCCUCUAGGCGAAGAUGUCGGCCCAGGAGAGCUGCCUCAGCCUCAUCAAGUACUUCCUCUUCGUUUUCAACCUCUUCUUCUUCGUGAGUUGUCUCAUGGCUACCCAGCCCGGGCCCCAGUCCCUGUCACAGCCCCACCUUCAUAUCCCCUUUGUCCACCACCAUAUUCUCAUUCCCUCUCUCCAGGUCCUGGGUGGCCUUAUUUUCUGCUUUGGCAUCUGGAUACUCGUCGACAAGACCAGCUUUGUGUCCUUUGUGGGCUUGUCCUUCGUGCCCCUGCAGAUCUGGUCCAAAGUCCUGUCCAUCUCGGGAAUCCUCACCAUGGGUCUCGCUCUCCUAGGUUGUGUGGGGGCCCUCAAAGAGCUCCGCUGCCUUCUGGGCCUGUAUUUUGGGAUGCUGCUGCUCCUGUUUGCCACACAGAUCACCCUGGGAAUCCUCAUCUCUACUCAGCGGGUCCGGCUGGAGCGAAGUAUGGAGGAUAUCGUGAAAAAGACCAUCCAAAACUACCGUGCCGACCCGGAGGAUACAGCGGCGGAGGAAAGCUGGGACUACGUGCAAUUCCAGCUGCACUGCUGCGGCUGGCAUUCUCCGCAGGACUGGUUCCAGGUCCCCAUCCUGAGAGGCAACCAGUCGGAAGAGCACGGUGUGCCCUGCUCCUGCUACAACUCGUCGGCGACCAACGACUCCGCAAUCUUGGAUAGGAUGAUCUUUCCCCAGCUCAGCCGUUACGGACCACUGGCGCGGCUCAGACACAGUACAGACCUCUGCGUGGUCCCCGCAAAAAGCCACAUCUACCGCGAGGGCUGCGCGCAGAACCUCCAGAAGUGGCUGCACAACAACCUCAUUUCCAUAGUGGGCAUCUGUCUGGGCGUCGGUCUACUCGAGCUCGGCUUCAUGACGCUCUCGAUAUUCCUGUGCAGAAACCUGGACCACGUCUACAACCAGCUGGCUCGAUACCGCUAGGGCCCGCCCUUCCCAGAGUCGUGCCCCGACCCCUUGAGGCGCUCUGAGCACUUCCCUGCCGCCUGUAAACACUUGUUUAACCUCCAGGCAUUGAGCCUUGCGCCGCCUCAUGCCCCUGGGGACCCAGGUGUCUGCCUGCCCCGCGGCUGUCACCUUUCCCGUGGGACCCGGGGCUUCCGUCCACCAGCUUCCUGCCCACAAAGAGACUUCGUUUUCUUAGCCUACUAC